GUGCCGUGAGGGACGGCGACGGCUGGGCUCUGCGAGCGGUGGCGGCCCCGGAUCAGCGCGAUGCUCACGGACGGCACCGCCGCCCCCCUCGGCGACGAGGAGAUCGACUCGGUCGCUCCCCGCGCGCCGCUCGCCGCCGAGCCGCCCGUCGCGGCUGGGCCCUCCCCGCUAGGGCUGAGGGCCGUGCGCCUCUUCGGGGAGGCCGGGCCCGGCGGUCCCGGAGGCCCCGUCGCGCCCGCGGCCGGUGAGGCCGCCCUCGACUUCAAGCUGGCGGCCGCCGUGCUGCGGAGCGGGGGCGGCGGUGGAGGCUCCGGCAGCGACGAGGACGAGGUGUCCGAGGUUGAAUCAUUUAUUUUGGACCAAGAAGAUCUUGAUAACCCUGUACUUAAAACCACAUCAGAGUUGUUCUUAUCGAGCGCUGCAGAAGGUGCGGACUUGAGAGCUGUGGAUCCAGAAACGCAAGCAAGACUAGAAGCCUUACUGGAGGCAGCAGGAAUUGGUAAAUUGUCCACUGCCGAUGGUAAAGCCUUCGCAGAUCCUGAGGUUCUCCGAAGACUGACAUCCUCUGUCAGCUGUGCACUGGAUGAAGCUGCUGCUGCAUUGACGCGGAUGAGGGCGGAGAACAAUCACAAUGCAGGGCAGGUGGACAAUCGCAGUUUGGCAGAAGCAUGCUCGGAUGGGGAUGUAAAUGCUGUUCGGAAGCUGCUGGAUGAAGGAAGAAGUGUAAAUGAACAUACUGAAGAAGGAGAGAGUCUCCUUUGCUUGGCCUGUUCAGCAGGAUAUUACGAAUUGGCACAAGUGCUACUAGCAAUGCAUGCAAAUGUUGAAGAUCGAGGGAAUAAAGGAGACAUAACUCCCUUAAUGGCAGCUGCCAGCGGAGGCUACGUAGAUAUUGUUAAACUUCUCCUUGUUCAUUGUGCAGAUGUCAAUGCUCAGUCUUCAACAGGGAACACAGCGCUCACUUAUGCUUGUGCUGGGGGCUUUGUUGACAUAGUGAAGGUGCUAUUGAAAGCAGGUGCUAAUAUAGAAGACCAUAAUGAGAAUGGGCAUACCCCCUUAAUGGAAGCAGCCAGUGCAGGUCAUGUUGAGGUUGCAAGAGUAUUGCUGGAAUAUGGUGCAGGAAUCAAUACUCAUUCCAACGAGUUCAAAGAAAGUGCACUUACACUUGCAUGCUACAAAGGCCAUUUAGAUAUGGUUCGUUUUUUGCUUGAAGCCGGAGCUGAUCAAGAACAUAAAACAGAUGAGAUGCACACAGCGUUAAUGGAGGCCUGCAUGGAUGGACAUGUGGAAGUAGCACGGUUACUUUUAGACAGUGGUGCUCAAGUGAAUAUGCCUGCAGAUUCGUUUGAAUCUCCCCUCACCCUGGCUGCUUGUGGUGGACAUGUGGAGUUAGCAGCUCUUCUUAUAGAAAGGGGAGCUAACCUGGAGGAAGUGAAUGAUGAAGGCUAUACUCCUUUAAUGGAAGCUGCACGUGAAGGCCAUGAGGAGAUGGUGGCGUUGUUACUGGCACAAGGGGCAAAUAUAAAUGCGCAGACUGAAGAAACGCAAGAGACAGCUCUUACGCUGGCAUGUUGUGGUGGGUUUUCUGAAGUAGCUGACUUCCUCAUUAAGGCAGGAGCUGAUAUAGAACUUGGUUGCUCAACACCUUUGAUGGAAGCUGCUCAAGAGGGUCAUCUUGAACUGGUGAAAUACUUGUUGGCAGCAGGAGCUAAUGUUCAUGCCACCACAGCAACGGGAGAUACAGCAUUGACCUACGCGUGUGAAAAUGGACAUACUGAUGUUGCGGAUGUGUUGCUUCAAGCAGGUGCUGAUUUGGACAAGCAGGAGGACUUAAAGAAGACUAUUUUGGAGGGCAUAGAGACGGGCAAGCAUCAGGAACAUGAAUCUGAAGGGGGGAGAACCCCACUAAUGAAGGCUGCACGAGCUGGUCAUUUAUGCACUGUGCAAUUCCUUAUUAGCAAAGGUGCCAAUGUCAAUAGGGCUACAGCUAAUAAUGACCACACAGUGGUGUCCCUGGCAUGUGCAGGAGGCCACUUGGCAGUUGUUGAGCUCCUUCUGGCUCAUGGCGCAGAUCCUACUCAUCGACUCAAGGAUGGUUCAACAAUGCUCAUUGAAGCUGCCAAAGGAGGACAUACAAAUGUUGUUUCUUACUUGCUGGAUUACCCAAACAAUGUUUUGCCAGUUCCUUCAGCAGACUUGUCUCAACUCACACCUCCAUCUCAGGAUCAGACUCAGGUUCCACGUGUUCCGGUGCAUACGCUUGCUAUGGUUGUACCUCCCCAGGAACCUGACAGAACGCCUCAAGAGAACUCUCCACCUCUUGUGGGAGUGGUGAAAGGUGCAUCCAAGCAGAAGUCAAGUUCCCUGCAGGUAGCAGAUAAGGACCUACUGCCACCUUUUCACCCAUACCAGCCUUUGGAAUGCAUAGUAGAAGAGACUGAAGGCAAGCUGAAUGAACUUGGACAGAGAAUUAGUGCUAUUGAAAAAGCACAACUUAAGUCAUUGGAAUUAAUUCAAGGUGAACCUUUAAAUAAAGAUAAGAUUGAAGAACUUAAAAAGAACAGAGAAGAACAAGUACAGAAGAAGAAGAAAAUAUUGAAGGAGCUACAGAAGGUGGAAAGGCAGUUGCAGAUGAAAACACAACAGCAGUUUACCAAAGAAUAUUUGGAGACCAAAGGUCAGACAGACACACCACUUCCCCUACAGCAGCAAUGCCCACUUACCGGGGUCUUCCCAGAAGUGGAAGCUGAUAAGGGUCUGCCAGAGGAUAACUUUUCAGAGUUACCUCAGGUUGACAUAAUCUUGUCAAAAGAUGAUGAGCAACAACAUUCUCCACCACCUGCUGAACAAAUAGAAUUUGUCCCUAUCCAGCCUUUGCCAGCAUCGCAUUGUAAUUUUUCUGGUAAUUUAGGUUAUAAUGGGACAGAGUCUCUUGAACUUCAGAAAGCAAUAGGUAAUCAGCAGAAUGUAGGACAGCAGCAGCAAAUUGCUGGGCAGGGACUGUUAGUUCAAGAACCAGACGGAUUAAUGGUUGCCACUCCAGCACAGACGCUUACCGACACUCUUGAUGACCUAAUAGCAGCUGUGAAUAGCAGAGUGCCCAGCGGCUCCACCAGCUCCUUGCACACUACAGAAUCCCCUACGCCUGAGCCCUGCUCACAGGCAUCGAGCAAUGUGGUGUCACAGUCAGUGCUCCCUAUGUAUCCUUCAGUUGACAUCGAUGCACAUACUGAAAGCAAUCAUGACACCGCUCUAACCCUUGCAUGUGCAGGAGGUCACGAAGAACUUGUUUCUGUACUAAUUGCACGUGGUGCCAAUAUUGAACACAGAGAUAAGAAGGGUUUUACGCCUUUGAUUCUUGCUGCAACUGCUGGACAUGUUGGUGUAGUGGAAAUUCUGUUAGACAAAGGUGGGGAUAUAGAAGCACAAUCUGAGCGCACAAAGGAUACUCCGCUUUCACUGGCAUGCUCUGGUGGACGCCAAGAGGUUGUUGAUUUGCUGUUGGCCCGGGGAGCAAACAAAGAGCAUAGGAAUGUGUCUGACUAUACACCAUUAAGCCUCGCUGCAUCUGGUGGAUAUGUCAAUAUCAUCAAGAUUCUUCUCAAUGCUGGGGCAGAAAUUAAUUCAAGGACUGGGAGUAAGCUAGGUAUUUCUCCUCUGAUGUUGGCUGCUAUGAAUGGCCACGUACCUGCUGUGAAGCUGUUGCUCGAUAUGGGUUCUGAUAUUAACGCCCAGAUUGAGACCAAUCGGAACACAGCCCUCACCUUGGCCUGCUUCCAAGGCCGAGCAGAGGUGGUCAGUCUGCUGUUGGACAGGAAGGCCAAUGUUGAGCACAGGGCAAAAACUGGUCUCACGCCGCUGAUGGAAGCUGCUUCAGGAGGAUAUGCAGAGGUUGGGAGGGUUCUCCUUGACAAAGGAGCAGAUGUUAAUGCUCCACCUGUGCCUUCCUCAAGAGAUACCGCUUUAACAAUUGCGGCAGAUAAGGGUCACUACAAGUUCUGUGAGCUGCUGAUUAAUCGAGGAGCGCAUAUUGAUGUUCGUAACAAGAAAGGAAAUACACCUCUUUGGUUGGCAGCUAAUGGUGGUCACUAUGAUGUAGUUCAGUUGCUUGUGCAGGCAGGAGCAGAUGUGGAUGCAGCAGAUAACCGGAAAAUAACUCCUCUUAUGUCAGCGUUUCGCAAGGGCCAUGUGAAGGUAGUUCAGUUCCUAGUGAAAGAAGUUAACCAGUUUCCAUCGGACAUUGAAUGCAUGCGAUAUAUAGCGACUAUAACUGACAAGGACCUGUUGAAAAAGUGUCACCAGUGUGUGGAAACAAUUGUGAAAGCUAAAGACCAGCAAGCUGCAGAGGCAAAUAAGAAUGCAACUAUAUUGCUGAAGGAGCUAGACCUGGAAAAAUCAAGAGAGGAAAGCAGAAAACAAGCCCUUGCAGCUAAGAGGGAGAAAAGAAAGGAAAAGAGAAAGAAGAAGAAAGAGGAACAAAAAAGGAAACAAGAAGAAGAUGAAGAAAAUAAGCCUAAAGAAAUUCUAGAACUACACGAAGAUGAUGAUGAAGAAGAAAAUGAUGAUGAAGCGGAGCAAGAAGUUCCCAUAGAGCCUCCUAGCGCAACGACUACCACUACAAUUGGGAUUUCUGCAACUUCAGCUACUUUCACCAAUGCCUUUGGGAAGAAGAGAGCUAAUGUGGUGACUACUCCCAGCACAAACAGAAAAAAUAAGAAAAAUAAAACAAAAGAGACACCUCAGAAUAUGCAGAUAAUUUUGCCAGAUCAGCAUAUAUCUCUAGCACAGCAAAAAGCAGAUAAGAAUAAAAUAAAUGGAGAGCCAAGAGGUGGUGGUGCAAGUGGAAACAGCGAUUCAGAUAAUUUGGAUAGCACAGACUGCAAUAGUGAAAGUAGCAGUGGAGGUAAAAGUCAGGAGCUGAACUUCACGAUGGAUACAAAUUCCUCUGAGCGGCGCUAUGCCUCAUUGCUUAUCCCUUCUCAGGAAGAAAAAACGAGCACUUCAGCUUCAAAAACACCAACAAGGAGGGAAGAGGCUGAUGACUCUGAGCAUUUCACCUGCCAGGUUGAUGGCCAGUUUGAUUUAACCUUGUCAAGCCAGAGACUUGAUGGUGAAGGUAAUUCAAAUUCUUUGUCAACUGCUUACAAGCCUGUUUCCCUGCCUCUGACCUCUCCAAAUGUAAAGCUGAAUCUGACCAGUCCAAAAAGAGGCCAGAAAAGAGAAGAAGGCUGGAAAGAAGUGGUUAGAAGGCAAGUAGGCAGAGUUUUGAAAGACCCUCCCCCUAGCAACACUCUGCAGCCAACACCAAUUGAACAAUUUCAGCUGCAGAGAGGAGGGCGCUGCUGUUCAGGAGCAAAAAGGUCAAAGAAAUUAUCUGUCCCAGCUUCUGUCGUGUCUAGAAUAAUGGGAAGAGGUGGGUGCAACAUCACAGCAAUUCAAGAUGUCACUGGUGCCCAUAUUGACGUUGAUAAACAAAAAGAUAAGAAUGGAGAAAGAAUGAUCACUAUAAGGGGUGGUAUGGAGUCAACGCGAUAUGCAGUGCAACUCAUCAAUGCCCUUAUUCAAGAUCCUGCCAAGGAACUGGAAGACUUGAUUCCUAAAACUCAUAUAAGAACACCUGCUUCGAGUAACAAAUCAAUCCAUGCGAACUUCUCAUCUGGAGUUAGUACAGCAUCUGCUCCAAACAAAAACUCCUUUCCUCUUGGAGCACCGCCUCUUGUCACAUCGCAGUCAUCGACUCUGUCUACUUUCCAGCCUACUAACAAACUAAACAAGAAUGUCCCGGCAAAUGUGCGCUCAUCUUUUCCAGUGUCUCUUCCUCUAGCUUAUUCUCAUCCUCAUUUUGCCUUGCUGGCUGCCCAAACUAUGCAACAGAUCCGGCACCCUCGCUUACCUAUGGCCCAAUUUGGAGGAACUUUUUCACCUUCACCAAACACUUGGGGACCAUUCCCAGUGAGACCAGUUAACCCUGGCAGCACAAAUAGCUCUCCAAAGCAUAAUAGUUCAAGUCGUGUAGGUAGUCAGAAUGGAAGUAUUUUACAGACAGAGUCUCCUGGAUUAGCUACUUCUAGUUGUCCCAUUACUGUCUCUUCAGUAGUUGCUUCCACCCAGCCGCUGUGUGCAACAAGUAAUCGGACUCCCUCUUCAGUCAGAAAGCAGUUGUUUGCCUGUGUUCCGAAGACAAGUGCUGCAGCAACAGCAAUCUCAACUGUGACAAACACGUGUAGCACUCUGCCUUCAGUUUCCUCUGCGCCCCCAAACAAUGGGCAAGUUUCUGCAGCAUUUCUGCCCUCUUCUGCUCCACAAACGCAGCAUUCUGCACUUAAAGCAGACUCUUUCUCAGCUGUCUCAGCGCCCAAAGAGAAAGUGUCAACACCAGACCAGCCUGUUGGAAAUACGUGCACACCAUCUUCUGUUGCAGGUAGUUCCAGUAUGUCAACUAGCAGCAAUUCAGGAGUCACUGAAGCUCACCCAUCUAGCAGCCCUGCACCUCUAACAAACACCCAAGAUGAAAUACUAACAGCCAGCAUGUCAGAAAUGAGCCCUUCUAUGUCGAUGCCUAUUUCUUCCAGCUCAGAAACCGCUCCUUUAAGCUUAGCAUCACCCAGGUCGGUUGUUGCAGAUAAUCAGGACAACAGUAACUUACCUCAAGUAGCUGUACCAGCACCUCGAGUUACUCACAGGAUGCAGUCCAGAGGUUCUUUCUAUUCAGUGGUACCAAAUGCAAACCUUCAUCAAGAUCCUCAGUCUAUUUUUGUUACAAAUCAAGUUCCCUUAACACCUUCUCAAGGUCCACCUGCUGCGGUGCAGCUUUCGUCAGCCAUGAACGUUAUGAACGGUUCUCAGAUGCACAUUAACCCAGCAAAUAAGUCAUUGCCUCCUACCUUUGGGCCAGCAACUCUCUUCAAUCACUUCAGUAGUCUUUUUGAUAGUAACCAGGUGCCCUCUAACCAAGGAUGGGGAGACUGUCCACUUUCCACCCGAGCAGCAGCUGACCCAUCUUUCACUGUUCAGUCCACCUUUCUGAAUAACUCUGUGCUAGGACAUGUGGAGAAUGUGCAUCCUGAUAACUCAAAGGCUCCUGGUUUCAGGCCACCUUCGCAACGGGUUUCUACAAGUCCUGUAGGCUUACCCUCUCUAGAUCCAUCCAACAGCUCUACAACUUCUUCUUCAGGUCCUUUGACAGGCUUUUCAGCAAACAUGCAAGGAGCACGGGUUUACCUUCAAGGGCCACCGCCUGUUGGGACUCCCAGCUUUAACAGACAGCAUUUUUCACCACAUCCUUGGACAAGCGCAACAAAUUCAUGUAGGAACUUCAUGGCAGGUGAAUCUCCUAUUCCAUCAGUUUCCUCAGGAUCAUCUUCACCCCUUUCAGCUGCUUCUGCACCUUCUAACUUGAGCCAGCCAAAAACGGGUAACACAAAUCAAGAUCGAAAGGUACCCCCCCCUAUUGGGACAGAAAGACUUGCUAGAAUUCGACAGGGAGGAUCUGUCACUCCUACGCCCUUAGGAACCAACUUCACAGCUCCAGUUGGUCAUAGUGGCAUUUGGUCAUUUGGAGUUAACAGCAUAUCUGAAGGCUUGUCAGGUUGGUCUCAGCCUGUAAUGGGGAACCAUCCAAUGCAUCAGCAGUUGUCAGACCCGGGCACAUUUUCUCAGCAUCAGCCAAUGGAAAGAGAUGAUUCUGGAAUAGUGGCUCCCUCAAACAUUUUCCAUCAACCUAUGCCAAACAGUUUUGUGGAUUUUUCUAAAGGCCUACCAAUUUCCAUGUACGGAGGCACUCUCAUACCCUCACACCCUCAGCUAGCGGAUGGCCCGGGAGGCCCUCUCUUUAAUGGGCUUCAUACGCCAGAUCCAGCCUGGAAUCCCAUGAUCAAAGUUGUCCAGAAUUCAACAGAAUGUACUGAUGCUCAGCAGAUUUGGCCUGGCACCUGGGCACCUCACAUUGGAAACAUGCAUCUCAAGUACGUCAACUGAUUUAAGGGGUUUAUCCUUUUUUAGUCUUGUUUGGGAAACCUUAUGAUUUGAAGAACCCUGGGGAUUAUUUUUUUUUUAAUGUGCCUAACUAAGCAGUUUUUUGUGGGCUGUGUAACAAUGAAAACUUGAUUGCCCAUUGUAUAAGAACAAAUUGAUUUACCUGUAAAAUUGAUUCCAUUCUCCAGUUAGUUUAGCCAUUCUGAACUUAAAAAUGAGAUAAAAUUAAUGCUUUUGGCUAAACUACUAAAUGCUAUUGGUAUACAGGAGAGAACUAGAUAAUUAUAUGAUUUCAACCUGCUAAGGUGGUAAAUAAGUGUAUAAUUGUUUACAUACUUGAAAGGAAAAGCUGAGUAAAUUUCAUGUCCUAUAGUGGCUCUACUUUCUGUAGCCUGUAUUAAUGUGAAAUAUUUACCUGAAUAUUCAAUAAAAGGUGAACAGUAUUUAUAGGUUGUGUGUGAGAAUUUUGGGGAGGAUGUGUAUUGUCAUUGGUAGCUGCCAUGCCUAGUGAUGCAUCUUUUCAGAGUCACAUCAUCAGCAUGUGGUUGUAGUCAGGAUUUGGGGAAAGAGGGAGAGGGUUUUGAUGUGCAGUUAUUUGUGAUGCAAAGUUUGCUGGAUCCUUCCUCUGCCAGUCUUGUUGUUUUGGGGUGUGGUGCUUUUUCUUCUUUGUGGCCAUGGUUAUGCACUUUUCUGGGUUGGUUUUGUUUCCUCUAGUGCUGUUUUUCCAGAUAUGUUGACUGAGGUAUUGGUCAGGGACUGACUUGACAUGUUGGCAACAGUGGUGUCUAAAUUUGCCAUAGGUGAAUCAGUGUCUCGUAGACAAAUGCAGGGCUUCUUCACAUCAUUCUCCUACUGCCCCAAAGCAAAUAUUAGGAAAGCAGACUACUUUCUACUAGAGAAAAGAUGUCAUUGUGCAAUUUCAAGUUUUUUGUAACCCCUUAAAUCUGGUAAGUGUUCCUCACGCCUUUUCUGUGAGGAAGAAGAGGAUUUUUGGAUACAGCAAAUGAGACAAAUCCUCAUUCUGCACCCAGCCUGAUUCUGGUGUUGGCCUGCACUGGAGGCCUGCACUCUAGAGGCGUUCCACUUUGUACUUUCUGCUUUUGCUCAGUGAUGGUGCCGCAACUACACUGAAUACUUGGUCUGUUUCUCCAGCAGGUAAAUACAGUGCACAGUGUUCAGUAAAUGGACCAUUUUUGAUGGUCUUUUAGACCAGAGGGGAGAUGGAAACUUCCCUACCUUUCUUAUUCCUCCUUCUGACCAUUCCUUACCAUAAAACAUCAGAGUUUCUCCAGGAGGAGCAUGAGGAAGGAACAGCCAAAAGAGAGGAUUCAGUGUUAAUUUGCAUGGAGUGAACUCUUGAAAUAAUGUAAUGGUGUCUGUUCUCAGCCCCAGUUAACUCCUGAGUGUUCAGGAAUAUUAAAAAUAUGAAAUGCACAAGUAGUAUCCAAGUAUGAUAGGCAAAUAAACAUCAGAAACAACACUGGAUGUGUUCAGAUGUUCUAUCUAGUAUUCAAGAAGGAAAUGAUCUUACUGACACCCUGAUAACACAAAUAUCAAAGGAGAAAUGAUUGUGUUGAUGGUAAUUGUAUUAAAAGCUGAUGGUGAAGGAAAAAAAA